GAGAGGACAUAGAUUGGUGGCACCCUGUGUUUUGGGCACACCCUGUUACCUUGAAGAUCCCCUAGUGUGCCUGUUCUUGUAACAUCCUGCAGCAACACUGAUACUCACUAGGUGUUUCACAUCCUGCAGGUACAGAACGUUGGCCUAACACCCCAAGUAAGUAUGUCUGGGGAACAUAACUGGAAUGCAGCAACUGUCAAGAAUUUAACUGCAAGAGAAGGAAAUGAAACCUGUGCGGACUGUAAAGCUCCAGAUCCUCAGUGGGCUUCCCACACACUGGGCAUCUUUGUUUGCUUGGAUUGCUCAGGGAUUCACCGAAAUCUCCCAGAAAUCAGUAAAGUGAAGUCGUUGACUAUGGACAACUGGGAUGACGCCCAAGUUCAGUUCCUAGCCAGCCACGGGAACAAUGCAGCCAAAGCAAUAUAUGAGGCUCAUGUGCCUGUGUAUUACUACCAGCCAAAGCAUACGGAUUGCCAUGUUUUAAAAGAGCAGUGGAUUCGAGCAAAGUACGAGCGAAAAGAAUUUACUAAACCCAAAGGAAAGGUUUCUAAUGGCACAAAAGAGGGGAACCUUUUAAAGCGAGGGAGAGAUAAUGGACAGUACCUGCCUAGAAAGUUUGUCCUGUCCGAAAUAGAUGGCACCUUAAAAUACUUCACAAAGCCUGAUGCCAAGGAACCAAAAGCAGUGAUCAAAAUCGACACUGUUAAUGCCAGCUUCCAACCCGAGAAGAUGAAAAAUGCCAAUGGCUUACAGAUCACAUAUGUCAAGGACAACAAGACGAGAAAUAUAUUUGUGUAUCACAGCGAUGGACAGGAGAUUGUCAGCUGGUUUAAUUCCAUCCGAUUGGCCCAGUUUAGCUACAUGCAAAUUGCCUUUCCAAAAGCAUCUGACAACGAGAUCAUCAGCCGUUUGACCCGAAAUUUUUUGAAAGAAGGUUAUAUGGAAAAGACUGGACCCAAGCAAACUGAUGGCUUUAAAAAAAGAUGGUUCACUCUCGACCAUCGAAGACUGAUGUAUUUCAAGGACCCUUUGGAUGCUUUUGCCAAAGGGGAGUUGUUUUUGGGAAGCCGUGAAAAUGGUUAUGAGGUGAAGCCUCUGAUAGUGCCCUCCACACAUGGGAACUGCACCUGGAAUUACGGCAUCUCAGUCAUUACCCCAGAGCGUACUUACCUGCUUACCUGUGAAAGUGAGAGUGAGCGGGAGAACUGGCUCACUAUGUUCAAGAAGGUGAUCAGUCAACCCAUGACUGUUAGGGAAUUUUCAGUUGAAGCACAGUUUAAGACAAGGUCCUAACACAAUGCCUUCGCUGAACUGCACUAUCAUGUUCACUCUUCCAAGUCUUUAUGUUUGUGGUACCCACUGUUCAUUUUCAUAAACAUGCACAUUAUCCUUAAUGUCCUAGCCCUUUAUUUCAUUGCUAGAGCACUGCAUGAGACUGAAUUGCUAGGCCAUUUCUGCAGUGAGAAGAUUUCACAUAAAUACUUUUUAUAGCAAGACAGGUAAAAACAUAAUGUAUGUUCAAUUAUUUUUUAAUAUUUGGUGAUCGAAAACACUAGUAUUUUAUAUUAUGUCUUUAAAUGGCCUUCAUGAGUGAGAAACCUCAAGACAUGACAGGGCUCAUUUAUCAAUGCUGGGUAAAUUUGUACCAGGGCAGUAACAUGGUAACCAAUCAGAUCUUUUGCUUGGGGUCCCAGGGCCGUGUGUCCCUGAUUUAAACACCAAAAUGGCUCCCAGUUACACCUAAACCAUUCUCUAUUGCAACAGGGCAUUUAUUUGCAAGUUCUGUAAAUGGUAACUCUCUACAACGAAGGUUUGGCUUCAUUACUCCUUGUCUCUGUCCCUCUAGAAAUAUUAUUUUUGUUUCCUUAUGAGCAAACCUUAAUGAUUGAUUUCAAUAAAAGUUUAACUCUAUAUGUUAUAGUAAAA